AUGAGUAACUAUUUCAAGCCUACUUUACAGUUGAGACCGAUUCCUUCAAACCAUAACACUAGCUGGGACACUAGUCUAAAGGAUCACAUCUCUGAUGAUUUUGGAAAGUCAACCUCAUCGAAGAAAGGCAAGAUAAAUCUAUUCAGCAGUCGUAUCAAACGCACUAAAUAUAACGCAAUUAUGAAGAACGAUUCCUCCUUCGACUAUACUCUUAAGCCAUACUUGGAGUCUAUUAGUCCAACAAAACCCAAAAGGAUGGUCUUCAAGCCGAAGACAGUUAACAAUGGUAGCACUAUUAAUGUAAAGGCAAAACCGCUUACAGGAAACGGUCAUAUUAGUACGCAAAUCAUCAGUCCUGACUUGAUGAUGGAUAAAAGCAAGUCUGAGAAAAUAGAUAUCUUCUUACCUCACAGAACAAUGCAGGGCUUCCAGGCGUCCAAGAGAGGUACCCACCUAAGCUUCAUUAAGGCUAACAAGGAAAAAUUUAGUAAGAAGAAUGUCUUCCUACACGGCAUCAGCUCUAACAGGAUGUUUUCGAAAUCUCCCGAACAGAAAGAAGUGAAACAGCAUAAGAAGAACAUCCUUUUUAAAGCUGCCAAGAAGGGGAAUAAAUAAGUUAGAAAAUAUGAUAAACUCCCACUUGAACAUGAUAAGUAAGUUAGAAUGAGUCACUCCCAAGACUGCACCUAUUCUAUGAAAGAUCUGUGGUGUCAAUAGCUCAGAGAAAACUUCCCCUAGUGUUGUGGAGAAUAUCAAUGAUGAGAGAGUACUCAACUUGUUAAAAGAAGUGAACACUCAGGAUAAGUUCCGUACAAUUCAAGACCCAGAGUUGGGUAAUCUAGUGGCAAUUAAGUUUAUACCAAUGUAUCAGACUUCUGUUCAUUGCCUUAUUGUUAGUGUAAAAACUGAGGAUAUCACUAAGAAGGAAAAAGAGCAGAUUCUUAACCACCUAGCGUUGAUGAAGUCCUUACUUGAAAUAAUUUCAAUAUAA